AUGCCUUGGUCUUUCGCUCUGCCUCAUGUUCUCCUCACCAACCCCUAUCUAGCGGUUGCGACCCCGAUCACCGCAGGGACGACAGUGGCCCUUUUGACCAAUCGAAAUCAAAACCGUGAAACCUACAAGCAGCUGAAACAGCCGCCCUACAGUCCCCCAGGAUGGCUCUUCGCACCGGCCUGGACCCUAGUUUAUGGAUUGAUGGGUUACGCCUCUCACCACGCCACUACCAUCGCAUCACAAUCUUUUUCUCUAGCUGUCCGUGAUGCCAAUUCUACUGCCCAGACCCUCUACACCACGCAACUAGCCUUGAAUUUCCUCUGGAUGCCCCUCUUCUUCCGGCUGGGCCGACCGGCCGUCGCCUUGGGGGAUCUGGCCUUAUUAGCAGGCAACGUGGGUGCCCUAAUGGUCAACUGGUGGACGACCGAUCGGACUGCUUUCUGGUGUCUUGUUCCCUACGCUGUCUGGCUCGGAUAUGCGGCGUACCUCAACGCCGGCUGUGGUAUUCUAAAUGGAUGGACGGUUCCUACUGGGAAGGAGCGGUCAGAGUAG